ACUUGCCAACAUUUAAGAUGAUGUUACUCAAAAGGAAGAAAAACAAAACAAAACAAAACCAAGAAAAAAACUUGAAUAAAAUCUCCUCAAAAAAAGGUUUCAACAAACAAACAAACAAACAUUUUCAUUAUCAAUUAAAUCAAUGAAUUGGAUAGUUUAUUUGAACCAAACCUUUUUACUAACUAAAGAUAAUCUCGUUUAAUGGAACUUUAUCAUUACAUAUAUCGAAUAAGAAUGUCUUCCGUUUAUUUAUUAUUUGAAAGGACAGUACCAAAAAUAAUAUUUGAUUAAAUAAUAAUUCAGAAACUGGGAUUUUCAAGGAACCAUUAAUCCAUCCAUUAUAAUUGAUCGUAAACAAUAAACAAUAACAAUAGCAGAUUAUUCAGAUAAUGAUGACUUUAAUAUAUCAAUAUCUAAUUCUAAUGAUUCAGUUUAGAAUAGGAUUAACUGUGUAUAGAAAUGAAAUAGAUCCUAAAAAGAAUAUGAUCAAACCUGUCAUAACUCAUUCACCAUCAGAUGUAUUUUCAACAGAUAGUAUACUUGAAUUCACAUGUCAAGCUACUGGUUAUCCAAAACCUAAUAUUGUAUGGUAUGAUGCAAUUAAUGGUAAACAAGUUAUUGAUGAAGUACCAAGUAGUGGAACAACAUCUGGUAUACAUGUUAAUCAACAUUAUGGUAAACUUUUAAUUUCUAAUCCUGAAAGAGGUAAAUUAUAUUCAUUUUAUUGUAAUGCUUCAAAUUCAGCUGGAUGGACAAUAAGUCAACCUCCAGUACGUGGUGGUACAGUUUAUAUAAGUUCUCAAUUUAAACAAAUACCAGUGGAUAAAACUGUGCAUGAAGGUGAUAAGGUUGUAAUGGAAUGUAUACCUCCAAUAGGAUUACCUGAAGUUAAGGUUUAUUGGUUAAAAAAUAAUAAUUUGAUUUCUGCACAAAAUGGAGUAAAACCUAGGAAUAAUAUCUCUGUGAUAAAUGAAUUCAAGUCUAAUAUUGAAAUAUCAAUUGACGGAAGUUUGCACAUAAAUCCUGUCACUAUUAAAGACAGUGGAACAUAUACUUGUGUGGCAUCUAAUAACGCCGGUGAACAAGUUUCUCCUUCAGCCUAUCUAAUGGUUAAAUCACGUACUCGAUUUCUGGAAACACCUGUAGAUAUUAGGGUCAAGAAAGGACGUGAUAUAAAACUGAAAUGUAAAGUCCAAGGCAAUCAUGUUGUUAAAUGGAAACGAGGCCCUGGGGAAGAACCAAUAGAUCCAAAUCGGGCUGAAUUGACUGAAAGUUAUCUCCUUAUUAGAAACGCUCAGAUUUCAGACUCUGGUACAUAUAUUUGCACUGCUGCUGGAGGUAUUGAAGCUGAUGCCACGGUCAUAGUUGAUACACCACCAGCAUUUUCCGUCACACCAGAUGAUCUGACAGUUAACGAAGGAGAAACUGCAGUGUUUCAUUGUGUAGCAGCGGGGCAUCCAUUGCCAGCAAUUUAUUGGGAGCUUCCGGAUAAAACACCCAUUUUUCCCGGUGACCAAACAAUAAAUGAAUUUCAUAAUGGCAAACAUUAUUUAACUCCUGAAGGAAGUUUAGAAGUUAGAGAUGUCAGACAAAAAGAUUCUGGUAAAUACCAAUGCACAGCGCAUUCAUCUAUCGAUACAAUUCAUACGAGUGCAACAUUGCACGUCAUUAACCUGUCUAAGAAAAAGCUGGAUUCAUCGAAAGAUGUAUAUUCACUUUCUGAAAACGAACCAAGACAAUUUUCUCCAUCUAAUUUUCAUUGGCUGUCCCCUAUAAUUGGACUUCCACCUGCAAACCAAACACGAACCGUCGGUGAGAUAGUCACAUUGGAUUGCGAACUGGCAUUAACUAGGGGCCUGCCUGAAUCUUUGGCAUCAACACUGCCUUACUCAGACUUAUCUGACUGGUCUAUUGGAUGGUAUAGGUCUACGAAGGAUGGUGUAAAGGAAAAUAUAGACAUCUCAAACCCGCCUUAUGAUCAGCGUUACACUUUGCUUCCACGAGGUAGCCUUCAGAUAUCAAAUUUACGAACAGAAGAUUCUGGAAAUUACACAUGCAUUGCAAAUUCAGUUAUCAAACCUUACUUAGAUGGUAGUUCGGUGUCAUUUACUUUGCAAUCUAACUGGACCUCUUACUUAGAUGUUGUACCUGAAGAAUCACCGGCAACGGUAUCUAUUAGCAACGAAAGUCCUCUUCCUCCGCCAGAAAACCUAAAAGCUACUAAUGUGACGUCAUCGACUGUCAUACUAGUUUGGGAUCUACCAUUUCCCCCACUUCUCUCACAAGAAUUCACACAAGGUAACCCAAUGAAAUCUCAUCAGAUUACCUAUUGGGUUGAGCUCUAUAGACCUGAUAGACCAACAGAUGGAUGGAUAGUGGUUGAAAAAAAUUGGCACGCUCAUACUGUACAGUUAGGAGGAUUACAACCAGAAACUAUAUAUUAUUUUUUAAUUAGACCUCGUUGGAAUGAGGGAAGAGUAGGUUGGGCUAGCGCUCCUCUGGGUCCAGUUUUAACUCUAAAAGAACAAGUUGUAAGUCAUCAAGAGAGUCAAUUAUCGGACAGAGAAGCUUUGAAGUCCUUUAAAAAUGUUAACUUAAUACUACAACAUUUGUAUCCACUUUCACCUAAAAGGGUGCGAGUUAGCUGGUCCAUUACAGAAGUUCUCCCUGUACUAUCAAUGGUAAAAGGUUAUUCUGUUUAUCACAGAGAAGUCCCCUUGAUGCAGUGCAUUUCAAACAAACUGGAGGGUAUGUACUCAGAUGCAACUGGACUAACAACGAAGAGUGGAGAAAGAAUGUACUGUAGCAUAAAAUCUACCACUUCUAUAGAUUCACAUUCUCUGUUUCGUCUUGAAACAAUGCAAAAUCUACAACAAAAUUUUAAGAAUAAACAAGAACAAGAAUUCAAUAACGCGACAUUGGACCCAUGGACGGUCAUUGAUAUCAAAGCUCAAUAUCAAAAAGAUAAGAAAUAUAGUGACAUUCACAACUCACUAACAAUCCAGGAAACUAGCCUUUUACGUGAUCUUGAAGCCUUUCGAUGUUAUGAAAUCAAAGUUAAAGCAUAUUCAUCUAACUCCUUGAUGGAAAAUAUUGAAAGUCGAGAAAGUAAUACUCUUAAAGUUUUAACUUUUGAAAGCUUCCCAAGUUCACCACCGGAUAGAAUAUUUGCUGUGUGGAUAUCUAACACAACCAUAGAACUCUCGUGGGAUCCACCACCUGUCAUCAAUUGGAACGGACUAUUAAUGGGUUAUAUAAUAUAUGUAUAUGACGAAGAUGCAAGUAACCAUCAAAGUUUCAAUUUAUCUUAUACUGAACAAAAGACAUUAAUUAAAGGAUUAACUGGAAAAACUAUAUAUUUUGUUCAAAUGGCUGCAGUUACAUGUAAAGGAAUUGGAGUACGAAGUGCACCUAUCCAAUUAAAGCCUGAUUUACGCAAAAAAGGAUUAGGCGUUGGUUGGGGUUUUGAUGUACAAACUGGUAAACUUUUACAAUUUAUGAGUAUUGAAAGAAAAGAAAAUAAUGAUAAAGGGGCAGAUUUUCUAAAUCAACCAUGGCUUAUUGUGACAAUUAUAUGCAGUUUACUAGUAUGGUGUGCUACUGUUACUCUAAUAACAUUUUGUUGUAGACAUCAACGUUAUCGAUUUAGAAAAUCUGUUGGUACUGUACUCAUAGCUAAUAAUUCACAAUGUGGUUCAGUAGCUGAUGGAUCUAAUAAUACUUGUACAAGUAUAAAUAAUUCCAUGAUUGAAAAUAAACUUUCUAAGAGUUCACAUCAUUUACAAAAAGAUCAUGUUCAAUUGGAACCAUUAUUAAGAUCAGAAACACCUAAUAUAGAAAAUGAUAAUUGUUUAGAAACUGUGGAUAAAGUGAAAUACGUGGGAUGGUGUCAAUAUCCGUCGACUACUCAAAAUCAAAGUUUACAUAACAUGACUAAUAAUUCUCAUAAUGAAUAUAAUAACAAAGAGUCUAAUGAUACUCAAUUCAAUUCAUUUAAUCCAACUCUAUUAGCCUUAACUCGUUCACCACAUCUAUCAAAUGAAACAAAUAAUGUUGGAUUAUAUGCUACAGCAGAAAAUAUUACAAAUCCAAAUGUACAUAAUAAUCAAUCUAAUCAUCUUGUACUUCAAAGACCAAAUACAUUAAUUCAUUUCACAAAUGAUUGUACAUCACGUACAUCCUAUUUAAGUUAUCAAUCUCAUAUAAUUUCACAAUCACAAAUAAAUACAAAUAUUCCUUCUAAUGGAUAUAAUAAUAUAGAUCAAACAUUUUGUGCAGUUACACGAAUUGGUUUAACUAGUUUACCUUUAAUAGCACCAAUAGCACCAAUUAAUAGUUUACAACAUAUCAAUGAUACAAUAUCAUCUUCUCAUUCAAUAUAUAAUUGUAAUGAAAAUAUACCACAAUUAACUGUAGCACCUUAUGCAACUGUAUCUCUUAUUCAUAAUACAAUGAAUACUACUAAUAAUACAUCAAUAAACAAUUGUCAUACAUCCAAUUUUUAUACUAUAAACAAUGGAGUUUAUGAUGAUGAUGAUGACAAUAAUAAUAUUGAUACACCUAGUGAAUUAACUUAUGAAUUUGAUGAAAGUUUAACACCUUCUAUAACUACAAAUAAUAAAAUCAAUUUAAAUAUUGAUUAUAAAAAGUGUAAUUUACAUCAAGCACAGUUACAAACUAAUCAAUCAUCAUAUACAAAUUAUACAAAUCCUUGUUGUCAAGCCAAUAAUAAUAAUAAUAUGAAUAAUGAAGAAAAUGGUAAUAGAUCACAAUUUUCUUCAUUAGGACAACAUGAUCUAGUUGAAUUAUCACAAAGACAAGAUCUAAGAAAUAAAUCGAAUUCUGUAACAUCUAGUAGUUUAACAAAUGAUGAUGAAAAAUCUUAUAGAUGGAAGAAAAUAACAAGUGAUAUAGUAACAAAUGAAUUUGAUAAUAAUUUAAUUACAACUAGUUCAAAUCAUUUACCUAUGAGUAAUUAUUUAAAACAAAAUCAUUCAAAGAUGAUCAUGGCAACAACAACAACGACAACAAUAAUGGCAUCGACGACAACAACAACAACCGUGGCAGGAACAACACAAUAUCAAAAUUCAUUUACAUCAAAAUGUGAAAAGAAUGAAGGAUACUUGUAUUGUUAUGAUGAUAAACAAAUAAUACCACCUCCACCGAAAUCACCACCACCUCCAGCACCAAAAUAUAAUCAUGAUAUUUAUGAUCAUAAUAAUAAUAGUAUGAUGAAUUAUCAAUGUUCACCAAGGAAAACAGAUAAACCUCAUGAAUUACCAAUAGAAUAUUCAUCUUCAUCAUCUUUAUCAUCAAUAACACAUACAACACAUUCAACUAUACCAAACAUGAAUGAAAAGAAACAAAUUCCACAAUCUAACCCAAUAAUAAUAACACCUAGUAAACAUAAUGAAACAGAAUAUCUAUUUAAUACAAAUCAUCAUAGUAAUAAUAAUGUACAAUUAAACAAUCCUAAAUCAUCUAUAAAUGAACAAAAUAUAUACUACUCAAAUUAUUGUAGUAGUGAUGAUGAUAGAGAAAAUCAUUAUAAUAUUUCUAAUAAUUGUUCUAAUCAUCCACAUCAUCAUCCUCCUCCUCCUCCUCAUCAUCAUCAUCAUCAACAACAACAACAACAACAGUAUCAAAAUCAAUCAUUGAAUACAUCAUUAUCAUUAGAUAAACAAUCAUUUAUACAAAGACCAAUAAUGUUAUUAAAUGAACAUGAAUUAACCAAUACUCCAUCAUCAACAUUUUGUAUAACAUUAAGUCCAGAAGAGCAUUCUAGUUCAACUUAUGCUCAAGUGUAUUAAACUUAUAUAUACAGUAAUCAUGUUAUUUGGUAAUUACAUGGUAUUUACAUUUUCCCAGUCUUUUCACACACACACACACACAUACACAUAAACACAUCAACACAGAAUGACAAUUUCAUUAAUUAGUGAUGUAAUCAUCAUUCCAAUUUCAUUAUUAUUGUAAUACCUAUUAGUUAUUAUUAUUAUUAUUAUUAUUAUUAUUAUUAGCUUGACUGUUUUAUUUGAUUCUUCUAUUAGUUGAAAAUCUAUUAUAUAAUUUCUCAGUUAGUUGUCAGGUGUCUAUUUGACAAGUUUAUCAUUUCAUUCACAAUGUAUAAACUUAUCUUUGUAUAAAUAUGAGCAAUUUUUCAAUCUUUUCAUUUAUUUGUUUACUUAUUAACUCAUUUUAUUGAUUGAUUGUUGUGGGUUUAUUGAUUUAUUUAUUUUUUUUGGCAUAGGAUAUUUCCCCCUCCCCUCCUCUCUAAAAUUGAGCUCAUAGUUACACAGUAUUCUUUAAAUAUUAUGUAAUCGUGAGUCGAUUUUUUUUAAAAAAAAAUUAAGGAUAUAAAUAAUGAUAGGGAUAUUCUAUGACUAUCAUAAUGUUGUUUUGUUUUCUUCUAUAAUAUUUAUUUAUCAUUUCAUUAUAAAUAUUUCUCUUUAGUAGGUUACUAAGAAAUUGUAUUCGUUUUAAGUAGAUGUAUUACACUGAAAUGAUUAUGCAAUCAUCAUCAUCAUCAUUAUCAUUACUGUUCUAUGUAUGAAAAUGUUUUGAUUUUGUUUCCAAAAUAUAAUAAGAAUAGCUACUUUAUAAACCAUAGUUUACUUUCAUCUUUCUUUUUGUCAAUUCCUAUGUACAGAUUUGGCUUUAUGAACAAAUAAAAUACCAAUGAAAUAGGGAUAAUGAUAGAUUUCAACGAAACAAUAACACACACACACACACUCUCUCUCUCUCACACACACACACUCAUUGUUUGUGCAUUCACUUUACAGUGUUUGUAUUUAUUUCUUGUUUGUCCUUUUAUAUUCCAAUUCAGCCUGAUUUGUAUAGUAUACACAAAUGAUUAUCUUUUCAAUAGAACAGUUGUUUGUAUCAUUACAGUGUUCUAUUCUAAAUAAGAAAACUAACACAAUCCAAUUACUCUUUUAAUAAAGAAGUAAAGAAAGAAAGAAAAGAAAUAGAAUGAUCUUAUUUCCUCUGUUUAACGUUCUUAGAUUUAUCUUUUGUGUUUAUUCUAAUGUUUUCUAUUUCAAUUGCUUCUUUCAAUGAUGAUGACGACGACGAUGAUGAUGAUGAGUAGGAGGAUGAUAUUUGUUCUUGUUAUACUUACCCAGUGAAUGACCAUCAUUAAUUAAAACUGUUUACUUCGGUUAUUUGAUAACAACUUCACACACACAAAACCAUACAUUCUUGCACACACACACACACACACACUACACACAAACACAUAUAUAUAUAUAUAUACAUGCAAUUAUUCAAUAUGUAAAAAUUAUUUAUUUUUCCCAACUUAUCUAUUCGUUGUCUUCGCUACUAUUUUAUUUAUUUAUUUAUUUACUUAUUGUGUUAUCUGUAUAGAAACAAAAAAGGAUUAAUGAGAACCAAAUGCUAAAUGAUUAUACAAACAAAUGAUGAUUAAUUUAAAGUUUUUUUUUUGUUCCUUUGUACAGAAGAUUUUAUUGAAAUAUGGUGAAUAAAAGUUAAAGUG